CAGCGGAAGGUGGAUCACUCCGAGGAGCCUUUUCCUAUAAAUCCGCGCUGCAGUCCGCUGCCCUGCAGGAGCUCUCUCCAAGUUGGAACAGGAGCAGCAAAGGCGAACGCAUUUGAGAGUCUGCUGAGGAGACGCGUGUUGGAGUUUUAGUGUACUUUUUGGGGAAAUAAAUCCGGUCGGGAGACGCUCCAAGCUCCGCCGCCGGACUCCGACUCUAAGCGCGCUCUCGCAGGUGGAUGCUGGGAGGAAGACCUGCUUGGAGGAGAUGUUCCCCCUGGCCCAGUUCGGAGUUUUGUCGGCCCUAGCCACCGCAUUCACCUCGUUGCUAUCCGCUCUGCUGCUGCUGCUGCUGACUCGGCAGCUGUGGAGCCUCCGCUGGAGCCUGACCCGGGACAAGGAGAGCAGCCUACCGCUGCCGAGGGGCUCCAUGGGCUGGCCGCUGGUCGGAGAGACUUUCCACUGGCUCUUCCAGGGCUCCAACUUCCACAUCUCACGGCGGGAACGUCACGGAAACGUAUUUAAGACCCACCUCCUAGGGAAGCCUCUCAUCCGGGUAACGGGUGCAGAAAACAUUCGCAAGAUCCUGCUGGGGGAGCACAGCCUGGUGUGCACACAGUGGCCCCAGAGCACCCGCAUUAUCUUGGGGCCCAACACCCUGGUCAACUCUGUAGGAGACAUUCACAAGAGGAAGAGGAAGAUCCUGGCCAAAGUGUUCAGCCGGGGGGCCCUGGAGUCCUACUUACCCCAGGUGCAGGAUGUCAUCAAGACAGAAAUCGCCAAAUGGUGCGCCGAGCUGGAUUCCAUUGACGUGUACAGCGCAGCCAAGUCCCUGACGUUCCGCAUUGCAGUCCGGGUCCUGCUGGGCCUGCAGAUGGAGGAGGAGCGGAUCGUCUACCUGGCUAAGAUCUUUGAGCAGCUCAUGAACAACCUGUUCUCACUUCCUAUAGACACGCCAUUCAGUGGCCUGCGCAAGGGCAUAAAGGCCAGAGAAAUCCUCCAUGCCAACAUGGAGAAAAUCAUUGAGGAGAAAAUGGAGCGGUCGCAGAUGGAUGAAGACUAUCAGGAUGCCUUUGACCUCAUGCUCUCUGGUGCCAAGGAGCAAGGCCAGGAGCUCAGCAUCCAGGAGCUCAAGGAAACAGCAGUGGAGCUGAUAUUCGCUGCCCACUCCACCACAGCCAGCGCCUCCACAUCUCUGGUUCUGCAGCUCCUCCGCCACCCGACGGUGGUGGAGAAGGUCAGAGUGGAGCUGGAGGCCGAGGGUAUUGGACAUCAGCCAGAAAAGAGCCAGAACCCACGUAGCAAUGCUGAGGAAAUGGAGCCAGAUUCUGCAGAGAAGGAGACGACCUACUUGUUGAACAGCACGAAUCAGUCAGACGACGGUUGCCCUAAGUCUCGGUCUAAUGUGCCCUACCUGAGCCUGGAAAAGUUGAGCAAGCUUCGCUACAUCGACUGCGUGGUAAAAGAGGUGCUCCGCUACCUACCGCCGGUCUCUGGAGGAUACCGGACCGCCCUGCAGACCUUCGAACUAGAUGGCUACCAGAUUCCUAAAGGCUGGAGUGUGAUGUACAGUAUCCGGGACACCCAUGAGACCUCCCCGGUCUUUCAGAGUCCAGAGCAGUUUGAUCCUGACCGGUUCGGCCCGGAGCGGGACGAGAGCCGCUCGUCUCGGUUCAGCUAUGUGCCGUUUGGCGGCGGCGUGCGGAGCUGCAUUGGAAAAGAGCUGGCGCAGAUUAUCCUCAAGACUCUGGCUGUGGAGCUGAUUGAGACAUGCAAAUGGACCCUGGCUUCAGAGAAGUUCCCCAAAAUGCAAACAGUUCCAAUUGUGCACCCGGUAAAUGGGCUUCACGUACGUUUCUCCUACAGCAACCCGCUUUAGAUACACACCAAACAGGACUGUAAGAGUUUCCACAACAAAGCUCAUUCAGGUACUACAUGAAAAUGUCCUGAGCAAAGAAUCAGAACCUCACUUGUCAGGCCUUCCUUUUUCUCCUCAGACAUGAAGAGGUUUCCACAGCCAUUCUGCAGCAAUUCCUCAGCAUCAUCUUUUAAAUGCAUCUUAAAUUAUUUAUGUAGGUCACCUUUUUCCUGCAGAUGUUGGUUUGCCCUCUUGUUGGACUGAAGGCGCAUAAGCUAAGGUUUCUGUUCAGGGCUUCACAGACCCGAACAGAUCUCACCGUUUCCUUUCUGCUGUCUGUAAAUUUGCUUUAAAUUAUUGUACAUAUCAAAAUAAGCCAUCGAAUCAACACUUCUCUGCUUCUCUGUAGCUUCUAUGUCAGUGUAAACCAACUAAUCUGAAUAUUCUGAGUAUUUAACUGAAUGAGUGGAUGGAUGGUCAGUUCUGUUUUCAGGUGUUUGACUCUGCAGUCACUUCAGCUCGGUUCUUCUGCCUUUGAGCAAGGCGCUGGAUGUGCUCCACAGAAAGAUUCCUCUGGAGGAUGAGAUCUGUGCCGAAACAGGAGUCAGUUUUCAUCAGAGCUUCUUUGAGCCUGAAAGGUUCAGAAAAAAACUGAAACUUUUUGGAAACCUUUUCCUGAUUCGGGAAACUGUUGAUUCCAAACGUUCCUGCUGCUGUGAUGAACAGCUCUGGAAGCUGCUGCUGGGGUCAGGAUCUAAGCUCUAGCUCAGAAAGCCUGUUCAUUCAAACUGUCUCUCUUUUCCUUUUUAUAUGACCUGUUACUGUGUGUGCAUUAAAUGAAGUAGUGUAUUUAAAAUCUGUUGUAGAGACACAAACCUGUAAUGUAAAACCAUGUUCUCCUUCAGGAACCUUUUUAUUUAGAGUCAGCGGAGUUCUUCGUAUUGUUGUUAUUAUUGGAGGGCUGUAAGCCUGGUAGGCGCUCUGUGAAAUGUUAGGUACAGAUAGAUAUAUGGAAGGAGAUAGCACUUUCUCCACUUUAAGGAGUCUGUAUUGUCCUGGUUAUUCACUGAGAGUAUCAAAUGUAGCUGCUAGAUGGUUGAUUUGAAUUAGAAGAUGCCAAACAAAA